AUGUUCGCAUCGGAUCUUUAUCCAUCAACCUCAACAAGUCAAUACUUGAUGACGCUGGCCGCGCUAUUGAACACUUGGAGGUCAAGAUUCCAGAGAUCAAACGUACGGACGCCUCCAAGCUGCAGAAUAAAUACCAAAUUACAGGAUUCGGAGCUCAAACAAGCUGAGGACGAGGCUGAUGUGAUCACAACCCCAGAAAUCUCGAUUUGGACUCUUUGGAAUGAUUAUAUUAUUCACAAAAACGUAUCCAAUGAAGUUUUACCUAAGUCCAUUUAUGAAUCAAUGGAUGAUUUUAAUGCGUGGAAAGAUGGAAGAGGUAAUGGUCAAUUAGUUUAUAGGAUUCUUGAUGAUCAAAGUUCACCAAACACAAAAAUGGUUCCAGCCCCACCAAUAUCUUUCAACGCCUUGAUCGAUCAGGCUCACGUCGACCCAAUGCUUGGGAAUCACGAUAUUCAAGGUCAACCUCGAGCUGUGAGCGAACCACAUGUUGACAUCGACUUAACUGUUACACCACCGCCACGAUACCCUGAAGUGGCCAUUCAACCUAGCUUGGAAGCUGACAAGGCCAAACCAAGCCUUGUCAAGCUAUGGUUCCACGUCUGUACUCCGAUCCCGAAGACCAAGGCUGAAAAACAAGCCGGAACCUCCCAGAAGUACAUCGAUCUCACAAGUGAGCCGGCUUUCAACUCCCUACCUGAAUUCCAAUUUCGCCGCAUUUCCAACCAACCUGGUCAUCCUCAUCGACAACCUGCUGCCCCUGCCGAUAACGUUCAAACUACUUCCCAAAUGCCCGACAAUUGUAUCGAGUCACCUGUUCCAGGUCCUCCUCCACCUCUUGAAGACUUCCUUAAUUGGGCCAAGAUUUCACCCGAAGACAAACACACCCGUGCCCUUCUCAAAAAGCUUGAUAUCAUUGAUUACAAAGCAUUCCUUUCGCCUUCUUUGGAUGUUCCAACCCUUGCUGGGUUGGUAUUUGCGUAUGGCACCGCAGUACGUUUACACGACCAAGCCCCAUUAUAUCGAGCUGAACUCAAGAGACGCAAGAAUCCUGGCUUCUGGGAUUAA